AAGGUAAGAGAGAGAGAGAAGGGAUAGAGAGAGAAAGGGCUCCUAUCCGCCGCAUGAUCCCCGUCUGGCCCUCAACCUCGUCUCCGGUCAGCAACAAAAUCGCCACCACAGCUCCAGAAUUUUCCAUCUUUAAAUUUAGUCACGACUGAAUUCGAUUUCCUUUUCAUCGACUUGUGGAAAUAGAGUUUUUAUUGGAUUUUGGGGAGUUGGUUUGUGUUGGCGCCUGUGAUCUGGUGUUGGAGGUGCCAUAAUGGCGUGCCGGGGUUUCCUAGAGUUUCUCUUGAAGCUGUUCAAUUUUCUGCUGUCCAUCUCUGGAUUGGCGAUUGUUGGUUACGGGAUCUAUCUGUUGAUUGAGUGGAAUCGAUUUUCUCCGGGGAGCGGAGAUGAUCCGAUUUCGCCGGUGAGUGAUGGUGCAGAAAUCUGGAAGCUUGGUCGUCCGAUGCUUCUCGUGACGACCUUGUCUGGUAGUUUUGCUGAUAAGCUCCCGACUGCUUGGUUUAUUUAUGUGUUCAUUGGGAUUGGCGCUAUUCUCUUUGUGAUAUCUUUCUUUGGCUGUAUCGGAGCAGUGAGUAGAAACGGAUGCUGCCUAUCCUGUUAUGCUUUCUUGGUAAUCUUGUUAAUCCUGCUGGAACUGGGAGCUGCUGCUUUCAUAUUUUUUGAUCAUGACUGGAAAGAUUUGAUUCCAAAAGACACAACUGGAAGAUUUGACAUGAUUUAUGGCUUCUUAAAGGAGAAUUGGAAGAUUGUGAAGUGGGUUGCUCUUGGAGCUGUUAUUUUUGAGGCACUCGUCUUCUUGCUUGCUAUUUUAGUCAGAGCUGCAAACCGACCUGCAGAUUAUGACAGUGAUGACGAGUACAUCGCUGCAAUGUCUAAUUUACGCCAGCCAUUGAUCAAUAGGCAGGGACAACCUGCAACUGGGGUUCCUUUGACUGCGACCCUUGAUCAGCGCCCCAGUAGGAAUGAUGCUUGGAGCCAACGAAUGAGGGAAAAGUAUGGUCUAGAUACAUCCGAGUUUACCUACAAUCCCUCGGAUGCGAACAGGUUCCAACAAGGAGCAGCACCUCAAGCAGAAGAGCGAAGCCGCUGUAAUAUACUUUGAAGUAUCGAUUCCUCUUCUUGGGUGUUCAUAAUGGUAUGUGAGAACGCCGUUUCUGUCGGGUGUGAAGUUUUUAGGGAUUGUCUUCCUGUAUUUCUAGGACUAAUGCUUUAGAAUUUUGAUGUGUUUAUUAACUGUAUGUAUUGAUGUGCUGCAUAUGUAUGUUUGUAGUGGUUUUGUUUCUCCUGAUUGUCACCUUUCUACAAAUUGAGCCAAAUUUUCUUUCAUUA